AUGCUGGCACCCUGGGCAAGCUGUGACCACUGGCAGGCUGGCACCCCUGGCAUGCUGGCAGCCGAGGCAUGCUGGCACCCUGGGCAAGCUGGGACCUCGGGCAUGCUGGCACCCCUGUCAUGCUGGCAGCCCUGGCAUGCUGGCAACCCGGGCAUGCUGGCACCCAUGGCAGGCUGGCACCCAUGGCAUGCUGGCACCCCUGGAACCCCUGGCAUGCUGGCACCCUGGGCAAGCUGGGACCACUGGCAUGCUGGCACCCCUAGCAUGCUGGCACCCUGGGCAAGCUGGGACCUCGGGCAUGCUGGCACCGUGGGCAGGCUGGCACCCCUGGCAUGCUGGCUCCCCGGGCAUGCUCGCACCCUGGGCAAGCUGGGACCCCUGGCAUGCUGGCACCCAUUGCAUGCUGGCACCCCUCUGGGACAACUGGCAGGCUGGCAUGCUGGCACCGUGGGCAGGCUGGCACCCCUGGCAUGCUGGCUCCCCAGGGCAUGCUCGCACCCUGGGCAAGCUGGGACCCCUGGCAUGCUGGCACCCAUUGCAUGCUGGCACCCCUGUCAUGCUGGCACCCCUGGCAUGCUGGCACCCUGGGCAAGCUGUCACCCCAGGCAUGCUGGCACCCAUGGCAUGCUGACACCCCUGGAACCCCUGGCAUUCUGGCACCCUGGGCAAGCUGGGACAACUGGCAGGCUGGCACCCCUGGCAUGCUGGCUCCCCGGGGCAUGCUGGCACCCUGGGCAAGCUGUGACCACUGGCAGACUGGCACCCCUGGCAUGCUGGCAGCCGAGGCAUGCUGGCACCCUGGGCAAGCUGGGACCUCAGGCAUGCUGGCACCCCUGUCAUGCUGGCAGCCCUGGCAUGCUGGCACCCCUGGCAUGCUGGCACCCUGGGCAAGAUGGCACCCCUGGCAUGCUGGCACGCCUGGAACCCCUGGCAUGCUGGCACCGUGGGCAAGCUGGGACCCCUGGAAUCCCUGGCAUGCUGGCAACCCGGGCAUGCUGGCAUCACUGGCAUGCUGGGACCCUGGCAUGCACCGUGGCACCGUGGGACCCCUGGCAUGCUGGGACCCCUGGCAUGCUGUCUCCCCUGGCAUGCUGGCACCCCUGGCAUGCUGGCACCCAUGGCAUGCUGGCACCCCUGGAACCCCUGGCAUGCUGCACCCUGGGCAUGCUGGGACCCCCCUGGAACCCCUGGCAUGCUCGCACCCGGGCAUGCUGGGACCCCUGGCAUGCUGGCACCCAUUGCAUGCUGGCACCCUGGAACCCCUGGCAUGCUGGCACCCUGGCAAGCUGGCACCACUGGCAGGCUGGCACCCCAGGCAUCCUGGCAGCCAGGCAUGCUGGCACCCAUAGAACUGGCUCCCCUGGCAUUCUGGCACCCUGGGCAAGCUGGCAUGCAACCCCUGGCAUGGGCUGGGGCAUGCUGGCACCGUGGGCAGGCUGGCACCCCUGGCAUGCUGGCUCCCCAGGCAUGCUCGCACCCUGGGCAAGCUGGGACCCCUGGCAUGCUGGCACCCAUUGCAUGCUGGCACCCCUGUCAUGCUGGCAGCCCCUGGCAUGCUGGCACCCUGGGCAAGCUGGGACCCCUGGCCCUGGCAUGCUGGCACCCUGGGCAAGCUGGGACCCCUGGAACCCCUGGCAUGCUGGCACCCCGGGCAUGCUGGCACCCCUGGCAUGCUGUCACCCCUGUCAUACUGGCACACCUGGCAUGCUGGCACCCUGGGCAAGCUGGGACCUCAAUGCUGGCUCCCCUGGCAUGCUAGCACCCUGGGCAAGCUGGGACCCAGGGCAUGCUGGCACCCCUGGAACCCCUGGCAUGCUGGCACCCUGGGCAAGCUGUGACCACUGGCAGGCUGGCACCCCUGGCAUGCUGGCAGCCGAGGCAUGCUGGCACCCUGGGCAAGCUGGGACCUCAGGCAUGCUGGCACCCUGUCAUGCUGGCAGCCCUGGCAUGCUGGCAACCCCUGGCAUGCUGGCACCCAUGGCAGGCUGGCACCCAUGGCAUGCUGGCACCCCUGGCACCCCUGGCAUGCUGGCACCCUGGGCAAGCUGGGACCACUGGCAUGCUGGCACCCCUAGCAUGCUGGCACCCUGGGCAAGCUGGGACCUCUGGCAUGCUGGCACCGUGGGCAUGCUGGCACCCCUGGCAUGCUGGCUCCCCUGGCAUGCUCGCACCCUGGGCAAGCUGGGACCCCUGGCAUGCUGGCACCCAUUGCAUGCUGGCACCCCUGUCAUGCUGGCACCCCUGGCAUGCCACCCUGGGCAUGCUGGCACCCCAGGCAUGAUGGGACCCCUGGAACCCCUGACACCCUGGAACCCCUGGCAUUCUGGCACCCUGGGCAUGCUGGGACAACUGGCAGGCUGGCACCCCUGGCCCUGGCUCCCCUGGCAUGCUGGCACCCUGGGCAAGCUGUGA